CUGAGAUGCCACGCCAGUUCCCCAAGCUGAACAUCUCUGAAGUGGACGAGCAAGUCCGGCUCCUGGCUGAGAAGGUAUUUGCUAAAGUUCUCCGAGAAGAGGACAGCAAAGAUGCCCUAUCCCUCUUCACUGUCCCUGAGGACUGCCCCAUUGGGCAAAAGGAAGCCAAGGAAAGGGAGCUGCAGAAGGAGCUGGCGGAGCAGAAGUCUGUUGAGACCGCCAAAAGAAAGAAAAGUUUCAAGAUGAUUCGGUCCCAGUCUCUGUCUCUGCAAAUGCCAACGCAGCAAGAUUGGAAGGGCCCUCCAGCAACCAGUCCCACCUUGUCUCCCGUCACCCCUGUGGUCUCUGGAGCUACUUUCCAGCUCACGCCAGCACUCUAUACCAUGCCAGAGUUCCAGCGGGUCACCAUCAGUGGGGAUUACUGUGCUGGGAUCACCGUAGAGGACUACGAGCAGGCCGCCAAAAGCCUGGCCAAGGCCCUGAUGAUCCGGGAAAAGUAUGCACGGCUUGCCUACCACCGCUUCCCACGGACCACAGCCCAGUACCUGGGUCAUCGGCAAGCUGACACUGCCUCUCCAGAAGAGGGCCUCCCAGACUUCCACCCUCCCCCGAAGCCCAAAGAAGACCCUUACCGCCUGGAUGAUCCACCUCCCAAUCUGGGCUACUUGGUCCACAUGCAGGCGGGCAUCUUCUUCGUGUAUGAUAACGAGAAGAUGCUGGAGCGCCAGGAGCCCCACAGCCUGCCCUACCCCGACCUGGAGACCUACACGGUGGACAUGAGCCACGUCCUGGCUCUCAUCACUGAUGGCCCCACGAAAACAUAUUGUCACCGGCGACUGAACUUUUUGGAAUCCAAGUUCAGCCUUCACGAGAUGUUAAAUGAAAUGUCCGAAUUCAAAGAGUUGAAGAGUAACCCCCACCGAGACUUCUAUAACGUGAGAAAGGUGGACACACACAUCCACGCAGCUGCCUGUAUGAACCAGAAGCACUUGCUGCGCUUCAUCAAGCACACGUACCAGACGGAGCCUGACAGGACUGUGGCCGAGAAGCGGGGCAGGAAGAUCACCCUGCGGCAGGUGUUUGACGGCCUGCACAUGGACCCUUACGACCUCACUGUGGACUCACUGGACGUCCAUGCGGGCCGGCAGACAUUCCAUCGCUUUGACAAAUUCAACUCCAAGUACAACCCCAUGGGGGCCAGUGAGCUGCGCGACCUGUAUUUGAAAACUGAAAACUACCUGGGAGGAGAAUACUUUGCUCGGAUGGUCAAGGAGGUGGCCCGGGAGCUGGAGGAGAGCAAGUACCAGUACUCAGAGCCGCGGCUGUCCAUCUAUGGCCGCAGUCCUGAGGAGUGGCCCAACCUGGCCCGCUGGUUCAUCCAGCACAAGGUCUACUCGCCCAACAUGCGCUGGAUCAUCCAGGUGCCCAGGAUCUAUGAUAUAUUUAGGUCAAAGAAGCUGCUGCCAAACUUUGGGAAGAUGCUGGAGAACAUCUUCCUGCCUCUUUUCGAGGCCACGAUCAACCCUCAAGAUCACAGAGAGCUUCACCUCUUCCUCAAAUAUGUGACGGGGUUCGACAGCGUGGAUGAUGAGUCUAAGCACAGUGACCACAUGUUCUCAGACAAAAGCCCCAGCCCGGAAUUCUGGACCAGUGAGCAGAACCCGCCCUACAGCUACUACCUGUACUACAUGUAUGCCAACAUCAUGGUGCUCAACAACCUCCGAAGGGAACGAGGCCUGAGCACUUUCCUGUUCCGGCCUCACUGUGGGGAGGCUGGCUCCAUCACCCACUUGGUGUCUGCCUUCCUGACUGCUGACAACAUUUCCCAUGGGCUGCUCCUCAAGAAGAGUCCGGUAUUGCAGUAUCUCUACUACCUUGCUCAGAUCCCCAUUGCGAUGUCUCCUCUUAGCAACAAUAGUCUGUUCCUCGAAUAUUCCAAAAACCCUUUGAGGGAAUUCCUGCACAAAGGACUGCAUGUUUCUCUCUCCACCGACGACCCCAUGCAGUUCCACUACACGAAGGAAGCACUUAUGGAAGAAUAUGCGAUUGCAGCUCAAGUGUGGAAGCUGAGCACGUGUGACCUAUGUGAAAUCGCCAGGAAUAGUGUGCUGCAGAGUGGCCUCUCACAUCAGGGGCAACCACGGUUACCAGUUUCUUAUAUGUCCUUCUGGAGACAGACUAAGCAUGAAUGAGCUUGUAUGUAUAUAACGUUAUUGCCCUUUUUACUUGUCAAUAUAUCUUGUAAACCAUUACAUAUCAGUACGUAAGAGCUGUCUAUUCUCUCAAACAUAAUAAUCCACUGUAUGAACACGCCACAAUUUAUUUCGCCAGUCCCUCAUAGAAGGAUACUUAGCUUUUUUUCCAGUCUUUUGUUACUACAAUGUUGCAAAUAAUAUUCCUGUACCCAUAUAGGUUUUCUUUUACAAUCAAGAUUCCUUAUAAGUCCAGUGUAAAUGUUUGAUUACUUAAAUGGAAGCCAUGACUCUAGAACGUCUUGGAAGUGGCAGAGCAGUAAGGCAACAGGAAAGGCUGUUAGUCAUUUUUCUAAGUAAUAUCUAUACAACUCUCAACAUUAUAACUAAGCUUAAAGGUUUGAUAAUAAUUCCUAUGAUUCAUAAGCAACAGGAAGAUUUCUUUAAGAAACUAUAUAAAAAUGGAGUUUUUCCAGGUUUAAAAUAAAAGAUAAAUUUUAUAUGCAGAAUAAUUUUUCUGAUAGGGGAAGAACUCAUAUAUGAUUAAGAUUAUGUUUUUCCAAAGCAAUUUUUUUUUCUUCUCAAACAUUGUUUUGGAAAUUUCAAAAAUGUAAUAUUUGAGCCAGAAGUAUCAUGCAGGGAAAAAGGUUUUUCUCUUCAUCUCUCAGUGAAACCUGAGACCGAAGUGAUUAAAUUAUAUCAACUGCUCUUUGGCUUUUGUGCAAAACUUUAGAAAAGUUGUUCCAAAAACCAAAUGUGAAAGCGAGACCUGGCUUGGGUGAUUUCUAGCACUUCACUAGGUAAUUAUAUGUGCUGUACUGUGCACAAAACAUCACAAUUUAAAAAUAAACCAUUGAAUUCCGCUUCCAGCCAAAAGGGACCAGAUUUAUAUUCCCAUUUAAAACAACUAAAACACUGGGAAAAAUGUAUGAAACAAUGGUUUUCAACACUGGACAUCAAGCAACAAAGGACAGUGAUUCCUGAGAGAUGGAAACAAACAAGGCAAGCCCUGUAAUUGCCCCAUCUUACUGCCUUGACAGUUUCUGGGCCACAGCAAGUAAAAAAAGUAGGAGGAACCUAAAUGAAGUCUGACAGUCUCCCUGAGUUGAAGAACAGAGCUGAGAAUCUAGGAAAACCAAAACAGCAAGAGUUCACAGGACAGAGUAUUGGAGAGGUGACUGCUGCACAGAGGAAGAAUUCUGGAGGUCUGUAGAGAAUCCCCUUUGAGGGUAUUCAACAGAGUACUGAUUCACGCAUGUGUGUGAAGAAACCACCCGAGACUGAGGAAAGAAUCAUCCAAAGGGACUAGAGGAAACAGUACUGGAAGCUCACACAGGGUCAGAAUAAUGUUUGUUCCCAGAACCAGACUGCAAAACCUCGUAAUUCAGAGGGCAUGGUGUGUAGUACUCUGAAGGGUCUUGACUCAUUAAAAAACUUGACUCAUUAGUGGGGAAUAAUUAGCCCGAAAAUAAACACUACUCAGUCCUACCUAACAGCAAAUCAUGAAAGCAAGAUCCAAAAGGAUCAAAUUAUUUCCAAGUAUCUAUAUUCCAGAGCAGUGCUGAAGAAUAUUUAUAGGAGUACAAAAAUACCCAGCACCCAAAAAGGUAAAAUUCACAAUAUCUGGCAUCUACUCAAAUAUUGCGAGGCAUACAAAGAAGCUGAAAAAUACAACCCAUAAUAAAGAGAAAAAUCAACCAAAAAACAAACCAGAACUGUUAGAAUUAGCAGAUGAGAAAAUCAGAAGUUAUUAUAACUGUAUUCCAUAUAUUAAAAAAACUAGAGGAAAGAGAAUACAUUAGAGACAUGGAAGAUAUUUUUAAAAAAACUCAAAUCAAACUUGUAGAGAUGAAAUCUGUAACAUUUGAAAUGAAAAAUACACUGAAGGAGAUUAAUGGUAAGUUAGACAUUGCGGAAGAUAAGCGAAUUUGAAAAGACAUGGCAAUAUUGACUAAAUGAAACACUACCCAUUGCCACUGAGGCAAUUCCGACUCAUAGUGACUGUAAUGGAUAGAGUAGAACUACCCCAUAGGGUUUCCAAGGAGUGGCUAGUGGACUUGAACUGCCGACCUUUU